CUUACAUGCUGUGAGGGAGCUGGCAAGGCUGGGAGAAGAGCUGCACCCGAAAGGAAAAUAGGCAACCAUGGUACAAAGAGUAGCAGUUAUUGGCGCUGGGGUGAGUGGAUUGGCAACCAUCAAAUGCUGCCUGGAAGAAGGACUGGAGCCAACUUGUUUUGAGAAGAGUGACGACAUUGGGGGACUGUGGCGGUUCACAGAGUCUGCAGAGGAAGGCAGAGCCAGCAUUUACCAAUCAGUGUUCACCAACUCUUGCAAAGAAAUGAUGUGUUAUCCAGAUUUCCCUUUCCCAGACGAUUUCCCAAACUAUAUGCAUAACACCAAGCUUCAGGAAUACCUCCAGAUGUUUGCCAAGAAUUUUGAUCUUGUUAAAUACAUACAGUUUAAGACUGUUGUAAACCAUAUUAAGAAGCAUCCAGAUUUCCCUGUUACUGGUCAAUGGGAUGUCAUAAUAGAAAAGGAUGGCAAGGUGGAAUCGGUUGUAUUUGAUGCUGUCAUGAUAUGCUCUGGACAUCAUGUCUAUCCAAAUAUUCCAGUUAAGAGCUUCCCCGGGUUGGAGAAGUUUAAGGGUAGCGUUUUCCACAGCCGGGAUUACAAAGGACCCGAAAAGUUCAAAGGGAAGAAAGUUCUGGUGAUUGGCCUUGGGAAUUCAGGCUGUGACAUCGCUACAGAGCUCAGUAACACAGCCUCCCAGGUUUACCUCAGCUCUAGAAGUGGAUCCUGGGUAAUGCCUCGCGUUUGGGAACAAGGCUAUCCCUGGGACAUGCUGAUUGUAACUCGCUUUGAAACAUUCCUCAAGAACGCCCUCCCAACAGCCAUCUCAGACUGGUUGUAUGUGAAGAAAAUGAACAGGUGGUUCAAACAUGAGAACUAUGGUGUGAUGCCAGUGAACAGAACUCUACGUAAAGAGCCAGUCUUCAACGAUGAGCUUCCAAGUCGCAUCAUGUAUGGAACUGUAGUAGUGAAGCCCAACAUAAAGGAGUUUACAGAAACCUCUGCAAUAUUUGAAGACGGGACCAUGCAGGAAAGCCUUGACCACAUCAUCUUUGCAACAGGCUAUAGCUAUGCCUACCCAUUUGUGGAUGAUGAAUCCAUCAUCAAGUGCAGGAACAACAAUGUCACCUUGUACAAAAGUAUUCUUCCCCCUGAGCUGGAGAAGCCAACUAUGGCAGUUAUUGGCUUAGUCCAGUCUCUUGGAGCAGCUAUCCCAACUGCAGAACUUCAGGCUCGCUGGUUCAUAAGAGUGUAUAAGGGAUUAUGUAAACUGCCAUCAAAGAACAGCAUGUUGGACGACAUAGAUGAGAAAAUGGGGAAGAAGCUGAAAUGGUAUGGCCAAACCGAUACUAUACAAACAGAUUAUGUUGUCUACAUGGAUGAACUUGCCUCCAGCAUAGGGGUCAAGCCCAACAUCCCACGCCUCUUCCUUACGGAUCCCAGGCUAGCUCUGAAAGUCUAUUUUGGCCCCUGCAGUCCGUAUCAGUUUCGUUUGACAGGGCCAGGGAAGUGGGACGGAGCCAGAGAUGCCAUCCUGACGCAGUGGGAUCGAACGCUGAAGACCACCAGGACCCGUGUCGUACCCAGCUCUCAGAACAUUCUCCCACCCUUCCCUAUGCUCGUGAUACUGGCCCUCCCACUACUUCUCAUUGCUGUUUAUGGGUUGCUCAAUUAAGUCGUCUCAGCGCCAAAUUAGACUACCACCUACUUUUAAAAACUGCCAUCUGCUUUUAAAAACUAUGUUUUUAUAGAAAAGCAAAACAUUUCUGUACAAUUUUUUAAAGAAAAAAAAAAGAUCACCAUUCAAAAAUAUGGCCGUUAAAACAUGGUAGGAAAAAUACUGAAAAGGCCAGGGGUGGGGAAGAGGGUCUGAUUUUAAAAGCAAAAGGGUAGCACAGGUGAGCAAAGCAGCCGUGCCACCACCUGACACCUUUCUGCCCCACAGCACUACUUCCCAAGCACCUUUCUCCCAGCUGAGACCACUUCCAGUAUGGGAGCUAAACUAAAGAAAAAAUAAUUUGGGAGCAGAAGCUGCAGAAAGGUAAGUCAAUGGGGGAAGGGAGGGAGGGAAGGUCCUGCAUUUCUCACCCACGUGCCCCUUGUGGUUUUAAAAACAGACCCACCCCCCUUUCCACACGAUGGGGGCAGGUCCUUGUGGAAGUACUGCUAAUGACUCCAGGGCCAGUGUCAGCCGCCGGCAGAGCCCCCCCUCUCAAUACAGCCCAUGGCUGAGACCUGCCUCCCACCCCCCGCCCUAAUUGGGUCUAGUGCAUUUUAAUUUUGCAGAAUGCUUUGAAGUGACACUAUAAUGGAAGCCCGCCGUAGGACUAUCAAAAAGGAGCUAGAACUGUCUGAUGCUGUGGCCAUCAUUGCCUUCUAGAAAGCAAAGGGGGAAGGCACUGAAUGCAGCAGGGGGAACACAGUUCUCAGAAGUGCUAAAAUUCAUUAAAGCUAAGUGUGUUUCAGAAGAUAAAAUUUCCUUCCUUAGGAGCAAUCAAUAAUCCGCUUUAUCAUUUCUGAAUGAAAUGUGCUAGGCUUUAAUACGUGCUGACACUUCUGAGAAUUGUUUCUCACCUGCUGAUUGACACCAUUGCCCACUGCCCAGUAAGCCCACAAGAGCCCACUGGCAAGAGGAGGGUCUUUUGCUGGAGCCAGACCAGCAGACACAUCCACUUUGCCGCUUGAAACUGAAAUUAGCAACAGAGGACAAUAUAAAGAAGAUGGGCGAAUCACAAUGCUUCAGCAGGUUUUGUGCUGGGUAAGUCUGUUCAUACGAAUGUGUGUGUGUGUGAGAGAGAGAACAUCCAUGUGUCUGUCAAACAGACACAAAUCUAUCCAUGAUUAAGGGUGCCUCCAGACAGACUGCUCUCAGCACUAACAAUCUAAUGUGAGAGUAAAUGGAAGAUGCAGUGGGAGAACAUGGGAGAGUUAAAGUGAAAGAAAACAUCUAGAGACACAUUCCUCUCGUAAUGUUCUAUGAAUCAGGCAGAGUGAUUGCACCAUAAAAGUUUUGGCUAGAAGCGUCUAAUUUAAAGGAAGAACUCAAAGAAUUUAGACAGGUGGCAGGUUUAAAAGUUAACUAUGAAAAAUCUGCUGUCAUGUCAUAUAAUGUUCUCCCCUAACCAUCAGUACCAUAUUAGCCACAUUUUGGGAACUUCUUUUAGAUAUCUGGGAAUAUAUAUUCCUAGAAAAACUAACACAUUAUUUAAAAUAAAUUAUGCCCCCCUUUAACUAUAUAAAUAAAAAUGUAAAUGUUCGUUUGUUCCUAAUCUAAAAUCUCCGAAAGUUCUUCACCGAUUGCUUUGAAAUUUUGACACAACGUUGCAUUCGAAUACGCGCGUGUAUUUAUGUAACUAUAUUAUAGAUGGGGACAAAAGUGUGUCUUAGAAUUGAAGAAAUAGAGUAUAUAAAAGCCCAGAGGCCUCCUCCAAGCCACUUAUGCAAAUAGGAGAGAAGUCAUUGUGACAUCACCAACCAGUAGGCCAAUCCACUGCCUCUGCCUUCUCUCCUAUUUCCAUGUUCUCUCCUAUUUGGCGCCAUCUAGUGAUGUUUCUCGGAACUGCGGCCUUCUAUGGAAGUUCCAAGUUCUGAAGAAAGGUAACUGCCAGGAGAUUCCGGCCUAGCAGAGGGGCCAAAACCCACUAACCUCCUCACCACACCUGUGACAGGUAAAACAUGCUUUUUUGGAAAAACAGCGCCAUCUGUUGGACGUAAAAACAACACAUGCUGGUCAGGCUGGAAGAUACAUAAGCAGCAAUGAAGCUGUAUGGCGAAUUCUUUCAUUUCCCAUACAUGAAC